CUCUGUUAUAUUAUUAUUAUUAUAGUAUAAAUUCACUCUUCACCUAAGGUUUCCCUCUCCCCCACUCCUCUCUGCAAAUACUAUCAUAGUCCCAUUCCAUCUCUUUAGAGUUGAGAUUGCGGAAUCAAAUACGAUCAAAUCAGUCAAUCGAUCGAUCGGAUGGCGGCUAUAGAUCGGUAUCGUUUCUCGAUGCUGACGAGGCAAUUCCCUAACAUGAGUGAUAUCCGCCGUCUCAAAUCACAAUCGGCUGAUGUUGUUUCAUUCCCUCUAAAUCAACCAAUCCGUUUUCAGCCCUUCAAGAUUUCCAUUUCCAACCUAAACAUUUCGUGCGCUGGAGGAGGCGAUGGAAACAAUGGGGUUGGUCGUACUGGAGGAGGUGGCGGAGGUGGUAGAGGAGAUGACGAUUCCAAUUACACCGAUAAUUCAUGGCAGGAUUUUGGCGUUCUGGGUCUUUUCCUAAGCGGAUGGAGAGACAGGGUUGCAGCAGAUCCCCAGUUCCCAUUCAAGGUUUUAAUGGAAGAGUUGGUGGGAGUCAGUGCUUGUGUUCUUGGGGACAUGGCUUCACGUCCUAAUUUUGGUCUUAAUGAGCUUGACUUCGUUUUCUCAACUCUAAUUGUGGGUUCCAUUUUGAAUUUCACUCUUAUGUAUCUCUUAGCACCAACAGCCUCAGCUUCUUCAUCGAGUCUCCCUGCUAUAUUUGCAAAUUGUCCACAAAGUCAUAUGUUUGAACCAGGUGCUUAUAGCUUCAUGAACCGUUUUGGGACUUUUGUCUUCAAAGGGGCUGUGUUUGCAGCUGUUGGAUUUGCUGCAGGCCUUGUUGGAACUGCAAUCUCAAAUGGGUUGAUCAAGAUGAGGAAGAAAAUGGAUCCCAGUUUUGAAACACCCAACAAACCUCCGCCUACCUUGUUGAAUGCCUUCACCUGGGCUAUUCACAUGGGUGUUAGCAGCAAUUUGAGGUACCAAACCUUGAAUGGGGUUGAGUUUCUGUUGGCCAAGGGAGCUCCACCCUUGGUAUUUAAGUCAUCAGUGGUGGUUCUGAGAUGUUUAAAUAACAUACUUGGAGGAAUGUCAUUUGUAAUAUUGGCAAGGAUGACAGGGUCACAGAGUGUUGAAGAGAAGCCUGCAAAGGCCGAGGUUGGAUCUGUUGCCGAGAGGGAGAAAUUGGUGGAUGGUGGUGACAAGUUGGAGACCAAUCAGUCGACUUUUAAGUGAUUUUCGCUUUUUUUU